CACGCCCCAGAGAGGUGUGUUUGCAACGAGUGCAGCUCCAGAACUUAACAAGCUGUUUUUUACAAGACACAGGAUAAUAAUGCAAGCGCAAGGCAGCCCGUACGAGGUCCUCCUCAAGAUAAUAUUGAUAGGAGACACUGGUUCUCAAAAGACGGAACUGCUACAGAAGUACAUGGGAGAGGUACCGGGGAUGGAGGACAGUUUAGGACCGACUCUUGGUUUGGAUUACAGACUUAAAGACAUCACUCACAACAAGAAGAGGGUCAAACUACAGCUAUGGGAUACAGCUGGCCAGGAAAGAUUCCGUUCAGUCACAUCAUCUUAUUACAGAGGAUCGCAGGGCUGCCUGUUAGUAUUCAAUGCAGCUAAAUCAGCUUCUUUCUCCGGCAUAUCUUACUGGCUUGAUGAGAUUAAAACAAACGCUCCUUCAAAUUUUCAAACGGUUCUCGUGGCCACUGGAAUUGACGACCCCACGACUGAGGAACAGCUGGUAAUAGCUAGAGAAUUCGCAAAAGAGAAAGGGCUAACAUUUAAAGAAGUCAACUUGGGCAACCUUUCACAAAUUGAGGAUGCAUUCAAUACAGUCAUUGGACUUAUAAUGAGUAAAGACAGCCCAAGAAGUGAUCCACAAGACAGUAUCAUUAUGGAUCAGAACAGAGGUCGGUCGGAGAGGUCAGAUCGUUGUGCUUGCUAAUUGAAAGACACUAUUUUUAGUGUGGAUACUUCAUUUUUUUGUAUAAAUCAUUAUUAUUGAAAAAAAAAACAUUAACAUUAA